AUGGUGACUUUUGUCAUCGUGCUGCUGGCCUUGUUUCCUCACAUGGCUUGUGAGGCUCAUGUUGUUCAAUGCAACUUCUACUAUCCACAGCCUCCACUUCAUAUGUAUCAUCAGUCAGGAGACUUCAUCAUUGGUGGCAUUGCUUAUCAUGCUGGUAUCGUCGCCAGUGAAAUAUCCUUCAUGGAAGAACCCCUGCCAACACUGACAGAAUUGAUUGUCGUAGUGCCCAAGCAUUACCAGCACAUUGUGGCCUUGGCCUUCGCAGUAAAGGAGAUCAAUGAAAACCCUCACAUCCUCCCCAAUUUCACUUUGGGCUUCCAUAUCUAUGACAGCUAUAGCAAUGCAAGGAGGACCUAUCAUGCCACAUUACUUCUUCUAUCAGCAGUGGAGAGAUUUAUUCCCAACUACCUUUGUGACAAUGCGAAAAAUCUAGUAGCAAUCAUUGGGGGACUGGAUUCCCAUAUUUCCAUUAAUAUGGCAACUCUCCUGAAUAACUAUAAGGUUCCACAGCUCAUAUAUGGUUCUGUUCCGUUGAUGGAUGAUGAGAACCUAGGACAUUCAUUCUACCAGAUGGUCCCUCAUGAGGCCCUUCAGUAUACAGGAAUUCUUUCUUUGCUUCUGCAUUUUAGGUGGACAUGGGUUGGGGUCCUCACAAUGAAUGAUGAAAAUGGUGACAGAUUUUUGCAAACUGUGUUGCCACAGUUUUCCAAGAAAGGAGUCUGCUCUGCCUUCAUAAAAAAAGUCCCCACGUUAAAUUCUGUCUCUGAAGUUAAUGAAAUACUAGAAAACGGGGCAAAAAUAUAUAAUGAAAUAAUGAACAGCAAAGCCAAUGUUGUUAUGUUUUAUGGAAAAUCUAAUUCCAUGGUGUUUUUAAGGUGGUUUCCAUAUUAUUCAGAAAAUCCACCAAGUCUACUAAAAGGUAUAGUGUGGAUAACAACAGCCCAAAUGGAGCUCACUUCACUGGUUUAUCAAAGGACUUGGGAUGUAGAAAUAUUCCAUGGUGUCCUGUCUUUCACAAUCCAUUCCAACGAUCUACCACAAUUCAAAACACUUGUUGAAGGACGAAAUCCUUCCAGCUCAAAAGGAGAUGGUUUUAUCAGGGACUUCUGGCAAGAGGCGUUUGGCUGUGUAUUCCCAAAUUCAGAUGCAGAAGAUAUUAUGGGGGACACUUGCACUGGGGAGGAGAAGUUGGAGAGUCUUCCAGCACCAUUUUUUGAACUGAGCAUGUCAGGCCACAGCUACAGCAUCUACAAUGCAGUGUAUGCUGCUGCUCAUGCUUUACAUAGCAUGUCGUCAUCUACACUCAACCACAGAACAGUAAAAGGCAGAGGACGACUGGAGUGGCAAAAUCAACAGUUGUGGAAGCUUCAUCACUUUCUUAGAAGUGUCUCAUUUAACAACAGUGGUGGGGACAAGGUUUCCUUUAACCAACGUGGGGAGUUGGUGGCUGGAUUUGAUGUAAUCAAUUGGAUUGUUUCCUCAAACAAAUCAUUUCAUAGAGUGAAAGUUGGGAAGGUGGAUCCCAACCAAGUGCUCACCAUCAAUGGAGAUGCCAUAAUAUGGCACAAGUGGUUCAACCAGUUGCAGCCUCUUUCCCUAUGUGCUGAAAGGUGCCGUUCUGGUUCUAGGAAGAAAGUGAAGGAGGGGGAACCAUUUUGCUGCUACGAUUGCAUUCCAUGCCCUGAAGGGAAGAUUUCCACUCAGGAGGACAUGAAUGAGUGUAAUAAAUGCUCAGAAGAAGAAUAUCCAAACAAGAACCAGGAUCUGUGUAUUCCCAAGGAUAUAAGCUUCUUGUCUUAUGAAGAGCCUUUGGGCAUCAGUUUAGCCUUCUUUUCUCUUUCCUUUGCUUUCAUCACAGCUCUGGUACUGGGAAUAUUUAUGAAGCACCACAACACUCCCAUUGUCAAAGCCAACAACCGGGACCUCACUUACACUCUCCUGAUCUCCCUCCUGCUAUGCUUCCUUUCUGCAUUGCUAUUUAUUGGGCAACGUAAUAAGAUGACAUGUUUCCUCCGACAAACUGCUUUUGGCAUCAUCUUCUCAGUAGCUGUUUCGUGUGUGCUAGCAAAAACAAUCACAGUGGUUUUGGCUUUCAUGGCCACCAAACCAGGAUCCAGUAUGAGGAAGUGGGUGGGGAAGAGACUGACUAAUUCUGUUGUGGUUUCCUGCUCCCUUAUUCAAGCAGGUGUCUGUACUGUGUGGCUGGGAUCUUCACCUCCAUUUCCAGAUGUUGACACACAUUCAGUGAACAAAGAAGUUGUACUGGAAUGUAAUGAGGGAUCGGUGAUUAUGUUCUACUGUGUCCUGGGCUACAUGGGCUUUCUGGCCUUUGUCAGUUUCACUGUGGCUUUCCUUGCCAGGAAGUUACCUGAUAGUUUCAAUGAAGCCAAGUUCAUCACUUUCAGCAUGCUGGUCUUUUGCAGUGUCUGGCUAUGCUUUAUUCCAUCCUACCUGAGCACUAAAGGAAAAUACAUGGUUGCUGUGGAGAUCUUUUCUAUCUUAGCCUCCAGUGCUGGGCUGCUGGGCUGCAUCUUUGCCCCUAAAUGCUACAUUAUUGCAUUGCGGCCUGAGCUGAAUAACAGGGAACAUCUACUCAGAAAUAAGGCCUGA